AGUUCUGAGAUGUACUGUUCAGAGAAAACUAGAAAAGUGGAUAGUUCCGUCUGGUGCAGGCAAGUGGCAAGUAGUGUCGCGGUCCCUCUAAUUUAACCUCCUUGUUGUAUUUAUUGUUGUAUUUAUUGUUGUAUUUAACCAUCCUUGUGUGUGGCUGCCGAUAUCGUCUUCACCCCACAAGGUUGGCAGAGUGGUCAGCAGACAUGAAGCUGACCUGGGCUGUCGUCACUUUUAUCUGGGGCACUCUGUCCACAAGCACGGAAGGGCUCACCCUGGCUACUAACGGAGCAAAAACAGAAAUAAAGACAAAGUGUAAGGGAGACAGCUUGGAGUUACACGAACCACGUUUUGACGAGACAGCUCAUCAUGUGUUUGUCUAUCGCAACGAUGAAACGGUAGCCACUACCUCCGUGCCGGCGGUUGGACGCAUGAAGGGUCGCCUGCUCGUGAACUCUGACACAAGUGUCCUGUUGACCAACCUGACGUCAGCUGACCUCGGGCUAUACCGUGUAGAGGUCAAGCUACCUAAUGAAACAACAGAGGAGUUCAGCGUGAGCCUUGUCAUCGGAGAACCGCCGGAAACCAUAGACGGCAAAUUGUUUGUCUUUUCUGACUCGUCAGAAACGUCCUUCGUUAGUCUGAAAUGUGGUACAUUUACCUCUCUUGGCUACCCUCCGGUGUCAGUCGUAUGGAGGGAUCCCUCGGGGCUACUGCUAGCCAGUACAGGAUUCUCAGAACAGUUCUUUACAUUGAAGUUACCUGUAAACAUCGCUAAGUCUGGAAACUACUGUUGUCAGCUGGACUGCGGUGGACCCAACUAUUGUUGCCUUGACGACAGGUCCCCUCUCAGGCAGUGCGCGCAGGUUGAUGUACAAACCGGAGGAAAUGACAAACAGGAAGCAAGGUAUGCAACACCUUCCAAUCUGACCAGCCUUGAACAGCGAGUCUCGGAGAUGGACGUGAUUCUGCGAGAAUUGAAUGUCACCAGCCUGUUACAACGAGUCUCGGAGGUGGACGUCCUGGUACGAGAAUUGAGAAGUGAGAAGGUGGGUCAGGACUGUGGUCACAGCAGUGCGGCUGCCAUGGCUCAUCUGGUUCAUCGCCAAGCUAAGUGUGACCAGCUCGACAGUUUCAUUGACCGAGUGGACGCCGCGGAAAUGAAAUUCGAAAAGGACUUUGAAGGUGUCGAUAGGAUCGUAAAAUAUAUGCAAGAUCAGCUAGACUCCAUGAAUCAGACAAUGACAGACCUUCAAAAAGGCGUUGGACACGAUUAUUCCUUGGACAAUCAUCAGUUAACAACUAACAUGAGCGACCAGUUUGAAGAUUACAUCAGCAGAAUGGAUGUCAUAGACAAGAAAUUCAGUAGUUUAGAUAAGACUCUUAAUGACCACCGCCUACAGUGCAACGAGGAAACGAUGAAAAUAAAAACAACUUUACAGAAUGAAGUCUCCAGACUGAAACUGAUUGAUGACAGAAUAUUGAAACUCGAUGACCGCAUGUCAAACGUGGAUGACUGGAUGUCGAAGUCAUCAGACUAUCAAAGUCAAAUGACAAGAAACCUCACGACCAUUGGUCAAGAUGUAGUAGCUAUCAAGAUGGCCGCUGAUCAUGGAGUCUCGGCGACAAAGAGCAAAGUAACAUCACUGGAGAAGGACCUGUAUGCUUAUAUAAAUCGUUGCAAUUCAUCAUGUUUGGACUUUAAUGCUUUGAAAGGAUGCCCACAAGAGAAGGGCUAUCGUCUGUUUGGCAAGCGCUGCUUGAAGCUGUACACGCUCAAGAAAAGCUUCACUGAGGCGAAAUUGCACUGUGAGGCCGAUGGAGCCCAUCUCGUCCACUUAAAGUCACGUGAUAUCGACCUCCCGCCAUUUAUUUCUCUCAUGGCUGCAAAUGGGCGACAGAAAAGUGGAUCCUACUAUGACGGUCUGUGGAUUGGAGCGACUGACAUUCUGACUGAGGGAAACUUUCAGUGGAGCGAUGGAACCGAACUGUCGACUGACUCCGACCUCUGGGGCAAUGGAGAGCCGAACGAUAAGCAUGACGACGAGGACUGCGUUCAUGUUCUUUACUGGUCGUUUACCGUCUUGAAUGAUGCAAACUGCUCCAGUGAAUACGACUUUGUUUGUCAGACAGACCUCCAUUUCGCUACAUAGUCAAGUAUAUUUGUUUGUAGUCAGAGGUAACAACAGGAUCUGCUUUUACUAUCCUCGUUAUCGUUGUCGUCGUUCAGGGUUAACUCCCUUCCUUCUCUUCUACUUGCAUGGGUAGCCCUCAGACAGGGAGAUGGGGAGAAGAUAAAGUUCUCAUAAUCCUCCUUCUCAUCCAUCACCCAUGUAAUUGCCUGUUAGUGAAAAUCCUGUCUUGUGAGGUACGCCAACAUUAAUACUCAAAGCUAUCUGUUUAUCUAUUUCUAACAGUUUAUUUGCGCUCACUUCUCUAACGUAUUUUGUAUCAUCUCUGACCAUGCAUCGAAUAAAAAGAAAUUAAAUACUGCACAAAACGCUUGCAAUAAAAAAUAGUCUGAUUGCUUUUUACUGUUCUUUCUCUUCCAUGUAUAAUUAUCUUUAUGUUUUGUGUAUAAUAUUAUUACUUUUGUGUGUUUACAUUGGCUGCUUUGCUGGGAAAAUAAAUUUCCAUUGUAACAUUUCAA